AUGAGUAAGACAACAGUUCCAUUUUCAAGGGAAUCAUUAGAACAAGUGUUAAAAAGAAGAUUUUUCUUUGCACCAGCUUUUGAAUUAUAUGGUGGUGUUUCAGGUUUAUACGAUUAUGGUCCACCAGGAUGUGCUUUCCAAGCUAAUAUCGUUGAUACUUGGAGAAAACAUUUCAUUUUAGAAGAAGAUAUGUUAGAAGUUGACUGUACUAUGUUAACUCCUCAUGAAGUUUUGAAAACUUCAGGUCAUGUUGAUAAAUUCGCUGAUUGGAUGUGUAAAGAUUUGAAGACCGGGGAAAUUUUCAGAGCUGAUCAUUUAGUUGAAGAAGUUUUAGAAUCCAGAUUAAAAGGUGACAAAUUAGCUAGAGGUGAAAAAGUUAGUGAAGAAGAAGAUGAAGAUAAGAAGAAGAGAAAGAAGAAAGUCAAGGAAAUCAAAAAUGUCAAAUUAGAUGAUGAAGUAGUUAAAGAAUAUGAAACUAUUUUAAAUCAAAUUGAUGGUUUCUCAGGUCCUCAAUUAGGUGAAUUAAUCACUAAAUAUGAUAUCACUAAUCCAGCUACUAAUGGUAAAUUAGAACCACCAGUUGAAUUCAAUUUAAUGUUCGAAACUGCUAUUGGUCCUUCAGGUCAAUUAAAAGGUUAUCUUAGACCAGAAACUGCUCAAGGUCAAUUCCUUAAUUUCAAUAAAUUAUUAGAUUUCAAUAAUGAAAAGAUGCCUUUUGCUUCUGCUUCAAUUGGUAAAUCUUUCAGAAAUGAAAUUUCUCCAAGAUCUGGUUUAUUAAGAGUUAGAGAAUUUUUAAUGGCUGAAAUUGAACAUUUCGUUGAUCCUGAAGAUAAGAAACAUCCAAGAUUCGACAAUGUCAAAGAUAUUAAAUUGAAAUUCUUACCAAAAUCAGUUCAAGAAUCUGGUUCAAAUGAAUUAGUUGAAGAAACUGUUGGUAAUGCUGUUUCUUCAGGUAUGAUUGACAAUGAAACUUUAGGUUAUUUCAUUGCUAGAAUUUAUCAAUUCUUAAUGAAAAUUGGUGUUGAUGCUGAUAGAUUAAGAUUCAGACAACAUUUAUCCAAUGAAAUGGCUCAUUAUGCUGCUGAUUGUUGGGAUGCUGAACUUCAAACUUCUUAUGGUUGGAUUGAAUGUGUUGGUUGUGCCGAUAGAUCUGCUUAUGAUUUAUCAGUUCAUGCUGCUAAAACUAAUGAAAAAUUAGUCGUUAGACAACCUUUAGCUCAACCAAUCACUGUUGAAAAAUUCGAAGUUGAAAUUGAAAAGAAAAAAUUCGGUCCAAAAUUCAGAAAAGAUGCUGGUAAAGUUCAAGAUUGGUUAUUAUCAAGAACUCAAUGUGAUUUAGAAGAUUUAUCCAAAGAAUUAAAAGAUAACGGUAAAAUCAUUUUCACUGUUGAAGGUAUUGAAGAUAAAGUCGAAUUAGAUACUUCAUUUGUUACUAUUGAAAAAGUUUCAAAAACCGAACAUAUCAGGGAAUUCACUCCAAAUGUUAUCGAACCAUCUUUCGGUAUUGGUAGAAUCAUUUACUCCAUUUUCGAACAUCAAUUCUGGGCCAGACCUGAAGAUUCAGAUAGAUCUGUUUUAUCUUUACCACCAUUAGUUGCUCCAACUAAAGUCUUAGUUGUUCCAUUAUCAUCAAAUCCAGAUUUACAACCAUUAACCAAGAAAGUUACCGACUAUUUAAGAUCUGAACAAAUCCCAUUCAAAGUUGAUGAUUCUUCUGCUUCUAUUGGUAAAAGAUAUGCUAGAAAUGAUGAAUUAGGUACUCCAUUCGGUAUCACCAUUGAUUUCGAAUCUGUUAAAGAUGAAUCAGUUACUUUAAGAGAAAGAGAUUCAACUAAACAAGUUAGAGGUUCUUUCGAAGAUAUUGUUAAAGCUGUUAAAGCCAUUACUUACAAUGGUGUUUCUUGGGCUAAAGGUACUGCUGAUUUAACUGCUUUUGAAACCGCUUCAGAAUAA